AUGAAGUCAAUGAAACCAAUGAAACCAACGACCAGUCCAGUCUCCCACCAAGCGAACGAACUUUUACUUCGAGCUCACUCACGACUCAUUAGGACACUUCGUAUCAUGAUUGGCUCACAUACCAUCGGAAAUCGGAGAGAUCUUGAGAAUCUUUUCUUUGGAUGUUGGGAAACUAUUGGAAGUUGGGGCUGA